CACAUGAUUGCUUAACUUUGCACAUGUUACAGGGAGUAGGAGGGUUUUGUGGGAGACCAGAAAAACGACAACGCGAGAAAAAAUUAGUAUUUUAGCACUUCACAAAUUAAUGACCAUGAGCUCGUAUUUGAUAAACUCUUACACCGAGCCCAAUUUCCCUUCUUGCGAGGAAUAUUCGCAGAACAGCUAUAUAACCAGCCCCUCUCCUGAAUACUAUGAACGACCGAGAGAUCCUGGAUUACAGCAUCACGAGGCGCUCUAUCAGCGAUCAAACUACACGGAAGCUCCCUACGACUACGACAAUAUCCAUUCCAGUGAACAGGAAGGCUUGUCGCAGAGAGGUCACGUUCAUCCCCAGCCUGUCCUCCAAAACCACAUCCCUCGGCAGAACCCAAACUAUGAAGCUGUACCACUGACCACAGAAUUCAGCCUCAGUGGGAAACAUUUAUCAGCGCAGAAGGGUGCUAAAGAGCCUAUCGUUUACCCCUGGAUGAGAAAAGUCCAUGUUAAGACGGUCAAUCCCAGUUAUAAUGGAGGGGAGCCAAAGAGGUCUCGAACGGCCUACACCAGACAACAGGUUCUUGAGCUAGAGAAGGAGUUUCAUUUUAAUCGUUACCUCACCAGACGUCGACGUGUUGAGAUAGCGCACACACUUUGCUUGGGAGAACUUCAGGUCAAGAUAUGGUUUCAGAACCGGAGGAUGAAAUGGAAGAAAGAUCACAAACUACCCAAUACUAAGGUGCGCUCUUCACACUCAUCUCCUGCAAGUCAGCAAUCAAAGGUACCUUCACAGAACCAACAGGAGGCGGGUGCAGCACCGAAUACAUCCAGCUUGUAGUAAAAACAGAACAAACACCAACAUAAAAUGAAGUCAAAUAGAUAAAAUAGAUAAUAUUAAUAAUAAUAGUGCCAUACUGUAUUAUCAUCUGGACCAAAACUUGAGAAAACGAAGAGCAGUUAUUCCGUUCUAUGUACCUGUUUCUCAAUACCUGUUUUGUGAUACUCAUAGUAUUUUAAUGAGCUUCUCUGCAGCGGGCGUUAAGUUAAGCUGCGUUAUUUUUGGAGAGUGGAGAGAGACACAGGAUGCUAAUACGAGAAUGAGGAAUAAUUCUGAAUAAUGUAGAAGGUGCUUUUUUUACUAGUUGGAAUCAGUAUUAGCAAUACAAUGUUGUGAUGUAAUACUUGUUCCUAUAUGAUACUGGAUACAGCUCAAAAUGUGAA